AUGGUGCCGAACGCGUUUUCGGCGCCGUUGGUAAAUGCGGCUACGUUUGGCGCGGCCGUGGGGGCUUUCAAAGGGGCCUUAAAUGGCGCUGCUGUGGCCGGUGCUGGGGCCGCGGUUGCGAAGAACGUCGACGCAAUAGUAAAGUUCAUUGGCAGCAAGGCCCUGGGUGCGCUCGCGGCGAAAGGAGCUUUCCUAAAAGGCAUUGCUCUCAAGUCAGCGGUGCACGGUGCCACUUUAGGAGCUGGUGUUGCCAUUGGCGCGGCGGUUGCCUCGCACAAGCCGCACGUCUUUGACCAUGGCACAGGGAUAGAGCAUCACGAUGCGCCGAUUCUACUGGAAAGCUUUCCGAGUUACCACGAGGAGCAUCUGCACGAAAGCGCGCCAGCUCUCGAUGCAGCAUUGUUCCAUCAGCAAACCCAUGAAGUACCGUACGGAGAGUUUGCAGCUUAUCAUGGGUCUGCACCCUCAACACUCCAGCAUCCACAACAAUACGUGGAAGAUUUUUACAGA